AUGGCUUCUCGACGAUCAGAAGAAUCUUUGCAAGGCGAAAAGGAAGACAUCGUGGAGGUUAACGCAACUGAUCUCCUCCAACCUUUACACCUCCAACUUGAUACUGGCAAGGGAUAUACCAAAUUUCGUCAAAAAUGGUGGCAGUUGUGGUCACCUAAGAACCCGCCAUGUCCAGCUCCCCCGUCUCUGGAGGAUGCAGCGGUUCUCGGAUAUCAACGUACAUUACAAGCGUCUGAUUUAUACAAACUAGACACAUCCAGAGAGUCGGCCGUCCUUGCUGCCAAACUUGAAGCUGCAUGGCAGCGGCGUAUUAGGGCAGCAGCCGACUGGAAUGCACGUCUUGAGAGUGGAGAACUCAGACCAUCUCUCUUCAAGCGUACGGGCUGGGCCUUGAGUGCAAUUUCCAGGAAACAAGGCACGAAAUGGUCUGAGCAACGUGCAGCGUUUCAGCAACAUUGGCAAGAAUCCGCUGGGAAGAAAGAGGCCAGUCUUACUUGGGCCUUGAAUGAUGUCUUUCUUAGUAUGUUCUGGAUAGGAGGUGCAUUCAAGGUCUUUGGCGAUACGAUACAGCUCAUGGGUCCUGUCGUCCUUCGGCAAAUCAUCGUUUUUGCGGAGGAGCGUUCUGCUGCCAAUACUGCCGGAGAACCUGUGCCUAAUAUUGGUCGUGGUAUUGCCAUGGCUAUUGGGCUCUUUGCGCUUACCUUGACGGUCAGCAUCUGCAACCACCAGUUCUAUUGGCGUUCAAUGUCGACAGGCGUACUGGCUAGGGCUGCACUGAUAACAUGCAUUUAUGAGCGUGGAGUAAACCUCACAGGCAAAGCACGUGUCAAACUCAGCAACGCCGCGUUGGUCAAUCAUAUUUCGACAGACGUGAGCAGGAUUGAUGCGGCUGCUCAAUGGUUGGUGACCUGGACCGCGCCUAUUCAAAUCAUAGUUUGUUUGAUCAUUCUCUUGACCCAGCUUGGGCCAUCUGCUCUUGCUGGUUUCUCGCUAUUCGCCCUCAUGAUUCCACUUCAACAGAAGUCAAUGGCACUGCAGCACCGUAUUCGCUUAGAGUCGAUGAAAUGGACUGAUCAGCGAGCCAAGGUCCUGCUAGAGGUACUCGGGGCCAUACGCGUUGUCAAGUAUUUCUCAUACGAGAUCCUAUUCCUUCAAAAAAUAUUUGAGCUUCGAAAGAAGGAACUGCGUGGUGUUCGAUGGAUUCUCCAUGCGAAUUCGGCGAACUUGGCACUCGCUUGUUCGGUCCCAGUCCUCGCCGCUACACUAGCUUUCGUCACGUACACCCUUACGGCACACAACUUUAAUGUUGCCAUCAUAUUCAGCUCGCUGAGUUUGUUCCAGCUUCUCAGGCAACCGAUGUUCUUUCUGCCUCGCGCUCUAUCAGCUAUCCCUGAUGCAUCUAGCGCAAUUCAGCGGCUCACGCAUGUGUUUCACGCAGAGCUUAUUUCUGGAGAUACACUUGUGAUCGACAAGGACCAAGAACCUGCGCUUCUGGUGAAGGGUGCGACGUUCGAGUGGGAGUCGUUCGCGAAAGAUUCUGGUCAUGCUUUGAGCUUGAAGACUGGCGCACCCGGCGACGGCAGUUCACCAAAGGGCAAGGACAGGAGCGUGACGGAGGACAUGAAGAUGGAAAAGCCCGUUCCCGGAAAGGAAGCCCCUCUCUUUAAGGUAAAGAAUGUGACCAUGACCAUCCAACGAGGCCAGCUCGUCGCUAUAGUUGGGCCUGUCGGAAGCGGCAAGUCCAGUUUAUUGCAAGGUCUAAUAGGAGAGAUGAGGAAGGUCUCUGGGCAUGUCUCGUUUGGCGGACGCAUUGGUUAUUGCCCGCAGACCGCAUGGAUCCAGAAUACUACAUUGCGUGAUAAUAUCACUUUUGGCCAACGUUUCGAGGAAGACAGAUACUGGCGCGUUGUUGAGAUCGCUUGUCUACUUCCUGAUCUCCAACUGCUCCCAGAUGGGGAUUUGACUGAGAUUGGAGAAAAGGGGAUCAAUCUCAGCGGUGGCCAAAAGCAGAGAGUCAACCUUGCUCGUGCUCUGUACUUUAACCCUGAAGUUGCCAUCCUUGAUGACCCGCUCUCGGCAGUGGAUGCUCACGUCGGAAAAUCGUUAUUCCAAGAUGCCAUCGUGGGUGCCCUGCGAAAUCGUGGCAUUACCGUCAUUCUAGUCACGCAUGCGAUCCACUUCCUCUCCCAAGUAGAUUACAUCUAUACUCUGAACAAUGGCAUCAUUACAGAGAGCGGGACUUACGAGGAAUUAAUCUCCCGCGGCGGAGACUUUGCGCGUCUGGACCUGGAGUUCGGUGGUCAUGUGUCGGAUGAGAAUGAUGAUGGCCAGGCAGAGGGAGUCACUCCGCAAACAGGCAUUACCAUCGAAGAUGUGAAGUUGAAGUCAGAACAAGCCAGAAAAGAGGCUACUGGCAAUGGCAUACUCGAGGGUCGCUUGAUCGUUAAAGAGAGGCGGUCGACGGGCUCUGUGAUCUGGGGAGUAUACUGGACCUAUCUGGUUGCGGGACGCGCUUCAAUAACAGGUCCUUACUACUUUUAUUCCCUGAUCUUGAAUUCGUACGUGCUAGUUUGGUGGGAGAGCAAUAAAUUCGAACGACCAAACUCGUUCUAUCAGACGCUGUAUGGCUGUCUAGGGGUUGCUCAAGCAAUCUUCACAUUCUUCCCUUGUAUCGGAAUGGAUAUAAUUUCUUCUUAUGUAUCUCAAAACCUGCACCACAGGUCCGUACGUAAUGUCUUUCAUGCACCAAUGUCCUUCUUCGACACUACACCUGUGGGGCGAAUCUUGAGCAUCUUUGGCAAAGAUAUCGAUAGUAUUGACAAUCAAUUACCACGUGACUCCAUCACCAUCAUUUCUAUCCUUGAACCAUACUUUGUUAUUGUUGUAUUCUUCAUCGCUCUUGGUUAUAGCUACUUCGCUGCGUUCUAUCGAGCCAGUGCCCGUGAGGUUAAACGCCUGGACUCUAUGCUUCGCUCUCUUCUGUAUGCCCACUUUUCGGAGACUUUAACAGGAAUUCCUACCAUACGAAGCUACGGAGAAAUGAAGCGGUUCAUUGCCGCCAAUAGAUACUACGUUGAUCUGGAGGACAGAGCUCUAUACAUCGUUAUUACGAACCAGAGAUGGCUUGCAAUAAGGUUAGACGUUAUGGGAAGCAUAUUAAUCUUCCUUGUUGCUCUUCUAGCGGUGAUGGACGUCUCCGGGAUAAACGCAGCCCAGAUAGGGUUGGUACUGACGUAUACCACCGUCCUGUCACAAACAUGUAGCCAGUUAACCAGACAAACAGCAGACGUUGAGAAUUACAUGAAUGCAGUGGAACGAUUGGUACAGUACGUCGCAAGCGACACGAUGCCUCGAGAGGCUCCCCAUGAGAUUGAAGAACGAAAACCCUCAGCGCAAUGGCCCGAACAUGGAGCGGUCGAAUUUAACGACGUUAAAAUGGCAUAUCGACCAGGCCUUCCCAAUGUGUUGAGGGGAAUCUCAGUCAAAGUCAGGGGAGGCGAAAAGAUAGGCAUUGUGGGACGGACUGGUGCUGGCAAAUCUUCGUUGAUGCUCGCACUGUUUCGAAUUGUUGAGUUGUCUGGCGGUUCAAUCACCAUUGAUGGUGUCGAUAUAUCUACAAUUGGCCUUAAAGAUCUCCGCUCCAAGAUUUCUAUUAUCCCACAAGAUCCUCUUCUAUUUAGCGGGACCAUGCGCUCGAACCUGGAUCCACUUUCCCAUCACAGUGACGCGGAGCUGUGGGACGCGCUGCAACGAUCUUGUCUGUUUGAUUCUAGCAUCACUUCGAAACAGGCAUGCUCCAUUGAUGACGUCGGACGCCACAGCCUUGACAGCACCAUCGAAAGCGAGGGAGCGAACCUCAGUGUUGGGGAGAGAUCUCUACUCAGUCUAGCUCGUGCUCUAGUGAAAGACUGCAAAGUCGUUGUGCUUGAUGAGGCCACAGCCUCUGUCGAUCUCGAUACUGAUAACAAGAUUCAGCACACAAUCCAAACGGAAUUUCAGGACCGCACACUACUUUGUAUUGCUCACCGACUUCGAACUAUCAUUUCAUACGACCGGAUUCUGGUCCUCGAUGCUGGCCUUGUUGCAGAAUUUGACACACCAUCCAAUCUCUUCAAAAUGGAGGGUGGAAUUUUCCGCAGAAUGUGUGAGAGGAGCAACAUCUCAUUGAAAGAUAUAGAGACAAGUAGAGGGAUUUGA